AUGGAUACGCAAACCCAUACAUCGCCUGGCGUGACAACGCGGGACACAGGACUGCGGCUCCCAGCCACCACGAACCCCCCAGGACCCCAGAAUCCUGCAAAGCAACUCGUAUGGCUGGUCUUUGGGUCGACAGGCCAUAUUGGCCGAUCGCUUGUGAAAUCAGCCCUGGGCCACAACGAUCUCGUUGCCGCAGUUGGGCGCACAUUCGAAACGACCCCUGAGAGCAUGGAUCGUCUUCAGGAAGAAAAUAAGAAUUGUCUCGGUUUAUUAUGCGAUGUUCGUACAAGAGAGACUGUGAAAGCGGCUAUUGACCGUACGAUUGCCCACUGGGGGCGAAUAGACAUUGUCGCCAACUGUUCGGGCUACGGAGUGAUCGGGGCGUGCGAGGACCAAGAAGAAUACGAUAUUCGGAAUCAGUUCGAAACCAAUUUCAUGGGCACGCUGAAUAUCGUGCAACUUGCUCUUCCGCAUUUCCGUGAGCGUGGUGCUGGGAGAUAUAUCAUUUUCAGUUCCACCUCUGGCGCACUUGGAGUUCCGGGGUUGGGACCAUACUGCGCAUCUAAAUAUGCGGUUGAAGGGCUGAUUGAAAGCAUGCUUUACGAAGUCGAUUGCUUUAACAUCAAAUGCACGCUCGUUUUACCGGGCCAUAUCCGCCGUGAUGAUUAUGACACGAUACCAGGCAUGCCAGACCACGAAGACUAUCUUACCUCGCCAUUGCCGGCUUUUGGACAUUUCCUGAUAAAGCCAGCCAGCGAACCGUACAGCGGAGUCACAGCACCGGCGGCGCAUGCGAGACGCAUUUUACAAUGGCUAGGCGAUAAGCCUCCCACAAGCGCUGUGAAGUCUGCCGAGCUCGUGUGGCAGCUAGGCCACUGUUCCUAUCCACCAUUGAGGCUACUACUUGGUACCUAUGCAGUGGAGAGCAUCAGAGACAGGCUAAAAUGCGUCACUGAGGAAAUAGAAGACUGGAAACAUCUGAACUUUCCAUCGAGCGAUCAACCGCCACAGGCUGGUGCCUCCAUCAAGACAGAAGGUGACUCCGGGCGAAACGAAGCAGAGGAUCAAUUGGCCACCAAUGAUAUACAAGUAACGGAUUAA